AGAAACCUGCAUUAUAAGCAAGCAAAGCGCAGACUUGCAUAAGCAAACCCCAGCCGUCGCAGACUUGCAUAAGCAAGCAAAGCGCAGGCCUCGCUCGGCCUCUCGCCAGUUCUUCCUCUCUUCUUCCCGCGACGUACGUCACACUGCAGCCUGCUUGCUACUCUUGAUUUAUCAUCCCUCUUGGUGCCGAGCAGGCAGACGUAGCUGCUGCAUCUCCUAGCUGCCUGCCUCCGUUGAUUAUCCGAUCGACCUGUUCGACAACAACAAGUGAGGACGAACCAGUUGCAAAGACUUUGCAAGAAGCAACUGCUGCUUCUCAUUUCCCACCAACAAUGCUGUGCCUGUGCGUACGUAGGCGAUCCAGGUGGGGCCCGGCCGGCAAUCAGGUGAAAAGUUGAGCUGUGUUGUCAAGACAGACUGACAGAGACAUCAGUUUCUCGCUCGCAUCACAUGCGUGCAUUCUACGCGGGCAAGAAGGGCGAUGAGAGCAGUCCGUCAGCUGAUGUAUUAGCAACCACAAGAGAGAGAGGGAAGAGAAGAGAACAAUGAGUAUUUAUUAUCCAGCAAAGAGUCCAAAGGGCCCAGUAGCAGCGUUCCCUCUACGGUCUGCUCUCGUCUUCUUCGUCACAUCGUUCGGCUUCUACGUCUGCUACUUCUCCUCACGUCAGAUAAUAGCCCUGGAAACCGAAGCAGAAACGACGGCCAGCGGAGGCGGAGCAGAACCCACAGAGACCCGUUGCACAAAUAGGCCCGCGAUCAUUCCACAUGGGCCACAGACGCGGUACGUGCACUUCCCGAGGCCCGCCACCUACGACAGGGGCGAAUGCGUUUGUAACCCGGUGCGCUUCUUCGUGAUCGUGUCGACGCAGAGGUCGGGGAGCGGGUGGGUGGAGGCCUUGCUCAACAGCCACCCCAACGUCAGCUCCAACGGCGAGGUGUUCUCCAUGAGGGAGAGGAGACAGAACCUCUCCUCUGUUCUGGGGACUCUUGACAGGCUGUACGGCAUGGACUGGCUCACCAGCGCGGCCAAGAACGAGUGCACGGCGGCGUUCGGGUUCAAGUGGAUGCUCAACCAGGGACUGAUGGAAAACCAUCGCGACAUCGUGAACUAUUUGAACAGGAAGGGUGCGAUGGUGGUGUUCCUCUUCAGGAGGAACACGCUGCGGAGGCUCAUCUCUGUGGUGGCCAACAACUACGACAGGAGAGCGAGGCAGCUCAACGGCGUCCACAAAUCACACGUUCAUUCCAAAGAGGAGGCUGAGGUCCUCGCAAGGUUCAGGCCGGAGCUGGACGCGCCGGCUCUGAUUCCGAGCAUCAGAACCGCCCAGCGCGCCGUGAGAGCCUGCCUGCGCCGCUUCGGCAGCACGCGCCACAUGGUCCUCUACUACGAGGACGUGGUCCGGGACAGCAGGAAGGCGUUGUCCCGGGUGCAGGAGUUCCUCGGGGUUCCGGCGAGGGAGCUGUCCAGCAAGCAUGUCAAGAUCCACACCAGGCCCCUCCCGGACCUCGUCGGCAACUGGGAGGAGGUGAGGCGGACGCUGCGCGGGACAGAGUACAGCCGAUUCCUAGAUGAUGAUGCAGAGUAGGUCAAGUGUCGAGUUUCUAUGGAGGUAAUACAAGACAAACAGUCAAGCGGAGAGAUGGAGAAAGCGAUGGGAGUUUUAUCUCCGCCUUUUAGAUUCCUGUGUAGGUAUACUGGUUUAAACUCAUCAUUGCUGCUUGGGUAGUGGGGUGCCGCGUGGGAUAGCAAAAGGUAAUGUAUUGGUUCAAGUGCAUUACAUAAACCAAAGUCUUGAAACAAACGUCUCUCGGCCUUUCAUA